AUGACGCGCUGUCUCUUGAUCUCAGGGGGGAAAGGGUACCAAGGGGGGAAAGAGGUGCCAUUACCAAUAGUUGACCAUGGAACUUGUGAAUGGGCUUUACAACAUACGCGGCUUGGAAUGAAGUUCAGGCUGGACAACACAUUGAUAUGUGCUGGAGGAAGGACGAACUUUGACACAUGUACUGGCGAUGGAGGCGCGUCACUUGUUUGUCGCACUUCGAGCGCUGGCGGCACACCCCGUUACUCAGUGUAUGGAAUGGUUGCAUUCGGCGUCGGGUGUGGUACACAAGUACCCGCUGCGUACGUCAACGUAGCGGCGAUGUACCAAUGGAUCACUGAUAAAUUUGCUGAAGAAAAUCUUGACGUUCCGUUCUACGCUUAA